CAAGUCGUGCUUACCCUUCUCUCAAAGCUGAGUUGGCUAUGCUUUGCAAAGCUGAGAACUCCCAGGGAGACGAGCUCAGGCUCAGAAGUGGCAGCGACUCUGGAUUCCAGCCUCCCAGAGCUCUCUGGCAGACAGACUGAGCAUGGGAGUCAGACUUACCAUCGCGGCAUGCAUGGUUUCUUUUGUCUCCAGUUACUCGUAUACAGCAAGCACUCUGCCAGACAUAGCAAAUGAAGAGUUCAUCAAAGACUGCGUUCACAUUCAUAACAAGCUCCGCUCAGAGGUGAAUCCAACAGCCGGUGACAUGCUUUACAUGACUUGGGACCCAGCACUUGCCAGAAUUGCAAAAGCAUGGGCGAAAAAUUGUCAGUUUGAACACAACUUUCAGCUGAAGCCACCCCAUAAGCUGCACCCAAACUUCACUUCCCUGGGAGAAAAUAUAUGGACCGGCUCUCUUUCCCUCUUCUCUGUGUCUUCAGCUGUCACAAACUGGUAUGAUGAAGUGCAAUACUAUGACUUCAGCACUCGGAAGUGCACAAAAGUCUGCGGCCAUUACACUCAGGUUGUUUGGGCUGAUAGUUACAAAGUCGGCUGUGCAGUGCAGUUUUGCAGUCAAGUUUCUGGCUUACCCAGUUUUUCCAACGUAGCACAUUUUAUAUGCAACUAUGGACCACCUGGAAAUUACCCAACUUGGCCAUAUAAGAAAGGAGCCACUUGCAGUGCCUGCCCCCAAAAUGACAAGUGUUUGGACAAUCUUUGUGUUAACACACAGAGAGACAAUGUCAAACGUUACUACUCAGUUGUAUAUCCAGACUGGCCCAUAACUUCACGUAACAGAUAUACAUCUCUCUUUCUCAUUGUUAAUUCGGUACUUCUCAUACUGUCUGUUGUAAUCACCAUUUGGGUAAAGCACAAAUACCCCAAUUUAGUUCUCUUGGAUUAGUACAAUGCAGGAAACAAACAAAUAAAAAAAAAACCACUCAUUUAUAUGUGGCUUUUUUUUUUAAA